UUUUCUUAAGCGGCAGCGGCAGCGGGAGGAAAAGCAGCCCCAGCUAUGACUGCCGCAUGUUAAUAGCUGCCGCUUGGGUCCCUCGGCUGCUGCUGGAGACAGAGCCUGACUCCGAAGUUGUGCAACUGUGGACUGGAAGAGACAUUUGAACCCUCCACCCCCUUUGCUCCGUUUUUACCCCCUUGGUGUGUGUGAAGAGAGGAAACGUAAAGGAAGACAAACAUUUGGAUUUUGCUUCCCCCCCUUCCCUUUUCUUCAUGGCUGUGUAGCAGAAAAAAGGGGGAAGGAAAGACUUUUUGUUGUUUCCUUGGCUGGGGUCUCUACCCUCCUGCUGCCUUCUCUGCGCUUUGGCUAUCAUUCUUGGACGCGUGCGGUGGGGGUGUCUUCGCUGGGGCCGCUCGGUCUUUUGCCCCGAGCUCCAUGGCUGGAUUGUGGAAACUGCACCGGGCUGCAGGUUGUUGACCAACUGAUGGGACGAUCUCAGGGACCGGCGGUUACGAAAGAAAUGUUUAAAUGUUCAGUAAAUCGGAGGAAAAAAACAUGGAUUUUUAGCAACUGAAGAGCAAAUUAAGGAUUCAGAUUUGGGAUAUUGGUGUUUCUGUUUUGAAGAAUAUUUCCUUUUGAGCUUUUUUUUUUUUUAAUCAUCGGUCUUGGACUACAGAAGAAUCAGAAAGACACUUAUUUUGUUUCAAGUUUGGAACACUCACUCUUGAGGCACUCUCAUGCCUGAGAACAUGACCAUGUGGCCAUCACAGCUACUAGUCUUCAUGAUGCUCUUCGCACCGAUAGUUCAUGGUGGCAAGCACAGUGAGCGACAUCCAGCCCUUGCUGCUCCACUGCGACAUGCUGAGCGCAGCCCAGGAGGCGCUCUACCUCCCAGACAUCUCCUUCAGCAGCCAGCUGCGGAGCGCGCCACUGCUCAUCGUGGACAAGGGCCCCGUGGAGCUGCCAGAGGAGUUCGUGGUCCAGGUGCCCAAGGAGCUCAGAUCUCAGCCCAAGCUUUCAGCCGUGCCCCGAUUCCGAUGGCUGUGGUCCGCAGAGAGCUCUCCUGUGAGAGCUACCCCAUAGAACUCCGCUGUCCAGGAACAGAUGUCAUCAUGAUUGAAAGUGCCAACUAUGGGAGGACUGAUGACAAAAUUUGUGACUCUGACCCUGCUCAGAUGGAGAAUAUACGAUGCUAUCUGCCUGAUGCCUAUAAGAUUAUGUCUCAAAGGUGCAAUAACAGAACCCAGUGUGCAGUGGUGGCAGGUCCCGAUGUUUUUCCAGACCCAUGUCCGGGAACCUAUAAAUACCUUGAAGUGCAGUAUGAAUGUGUCCCUUACAAAGUGGAACAAAAAGUUUUUCUUUGUCCUGGACUACUAAAAGGAGUAUACCAGAGUGAACAUUUGUUUGAGUCCGACCACCAAUCUGGGGCAUGGUGCAAAGACCCUCUGCAGGCUUCUGACAAGAUUUAUUAUAUGCCCUGGACCCCCUACAGAACUGAUACCCUGACUGAGUACUCAUCCAAGGAUGACUUCAUUGCUGGAAGGCCAACUACAACCUACAAGCUCCCUCACAGGGUGGAUGGCACAGGAUUUGUAGUGUAUGACGGAGCUUUGUUCUUCAAUAAAGAGCGCACCAGGAACAUAGUAAAGUUUGAUUUGCGGACUAGGAUAAAGAGUGGAGAGGCUAUCAUAGCAAAUGCCAAUUACCAUGAUACCUCCCCUUACCGUUGGGGAGGCAAAUCUGACAUAGACCUUGCAGUGGAUGAGAAUGGGCUAUGGGUAAUCUAUGCAACAGAACAAAACAAUGGUAAAAUUGUCAUUAGUCAGUUGAACCCUUACACCCUGCGGAUUGAAGGGACAUGGGAUACUGCAUAUGAUAAAAGGUCAGCUUCCAACGCAUUUAUGAUAUGUGGGAUUCUGUAUGUGGUCAAAUCUGUAUAUGAGGAUGAUGACAAUGAGGCCACAGGGAAUAAGAUUGACUACAUUUACAACACCGACCAAAGUAAGGAUAGUUUGGUGGAUGUACCCUUUCCCAAUUCAUACCAGUACAUAGCAGCUGUGGAUUACAAUCCCAGGGACAACCUUCUUUAUGUAUGGAAUAACUAUCACGUCGUGAAAUAUUCUUUGGAUUUUGGACCUCUGGAUAGUAGAUCAGGACAGGCACAUCAUGGACAGGUACCGUACAUCUCUCCACCAAUUCACCUUGACUCUGAGCUAGAAAGACCCCCUGUUAGAGAUAUCUCUACCGCAGGACCUCUUGGCACAGGAAGCACCACCACCAGUACCACCCUUCGGACCACAACUUGGAACCCAGGCAGGAGUACCACCCCAUCGGUGUCAGGAAGAAGAAACCGGAAUACCAGCACCCCAUCUCCAGCAGCUGAGGUACUUGACGACAUUACCACACACCUUCUAUCAGGAUCGUCCCAAAUUCCAGCUCUGGAAGAGAGCUGUGAGGCUGUGGAAGCUCGAGAAAUCAUGUGGUUUAAGACCCGUCAAGGACAGAUGGCAAAGCAGCCGUGCCCUGCAGGAACUAUAGGAGUAUCCACUUAUCUAUGCCUGGCUCCUGAUGGAAUCUGGGAUCCCCAAGGACCAGACCUUAGCAACUGUUCUUCUCCUUGGGUCAGCCAUAUAACACAGAAGUUGAAAUCUGGAGAGACAGCUGCCAACAUUGCUAGAGAACUGGCUGAACAGACAAGAAAUCAUUUGAAUGCUGGAGAUAUCACUUAUUCAGUCCGGGCCAUGGAUCAGCUGGUAGGCCUCCUAGAUGUACAGCUCCGGAACUUGACCCCAGGUGGAAAAGAUAGUGCUGCACGAAGUUUGAACAAGCUUCAGAAAAGAGAGCGCUCUUGCAGAGCCUAUGUCCAGGCAAUGGUCGAGACAGUUAACAACCUCCUCCAGCCACAAGCCUUGAAUGCCUGGAGAGACCUGACUACAAGUGAUCAGCUACGUGCAGCCACCAUGUUGCUUGACACUGUGGAGGAAAGUGCUUUUGUGCUGGCUGAUAACCUUUUGAAGACUGACAUCGUCAGGGAGAACACAGACAAUAUUCAAUUGGAGGUUGCAAGGCUGAGCACUGAAGGAAACUUAGAAGACCUAAAGUUUCCAGAAAACAUGGGUCAUGGAAGCACUAUCCAGCUCUCUGCAAAUACUCUAAAACAAAAUGGCCGAAAUGGAGAGAUCAGAGUGGCCUUUGUCCUGUAUAACAACUUGGGUCCUUAUUUGUCCACGGAGAAUGCCAGCAUGAAGUUGGGAACAGAGGCUAUGUCCACCAAUCAUUCUGUUAUCGUCAAUUCCCCAGUUAUUACAGCAGCAAUAAACAAAGAAUUCAGUAAUAAGGUUUAUUUGGCUGAUCCUGUGGUGUUCACUGUUAAACACAUCAAGCAAUCUGAGGAAAACUUCAAUCCUAACUGUUCAUUUUGGAGCUAUUCCAAGCGCACAAUGACAGGUUAUUGGUCAACCCAAGGCUGUCGGCUCCUGACAACAAAUAAGACACAUACUACAUGCUCUUGUAACCACCUAACCAAUUUUGCAGUACUGAUGGCACAUGUGGAAGUCAAGCACAGUGAUGCGGUCCAUGACCUUCUUCUGGAUGUGAUCACAUGGGUUGGAAUUUUGCUGUCGCUUGUUUGUCUCCUGAUUUGCAUCUUCACAUUUUGCUUUUUCCGUGGGCUCCAGAGUGACCGUAACACCAUCCAUAAGAACCUCUGCAUCAGCCUUUUUGUAGCAGAACUGCUCUUCUUGAUUGGGAUCAACCGAACAGAUCAACCAAUUGCCUGUGCCGUUUUUGCUGCUCUCUUACAUUUCUUCUUCUUGGCUGCCUUCACGUGGAUGUUCCUGGAGGGAGUGCAGCUCUAUAUUAUGCUGGUGGAGGUUUUUGAGAGUGAACAUUCACGAAGGAAAUACUUUUACCUGGUCGGCUAUGGGAUGCCUGCGCUCAUUGUGGCUGUGUCAGCUGCAGUAGACUAUAGGAGUUAUGGAACAGAUAAAGUAUGUUGGCUCCGACUUGACACCUACUUCAUUUGGAGUUUUAUAGGACCAGCGACCUUGAUAAUUAUGCUUAAUGUAAUCUUCCUUGGGAUUGCUUUAUAUAAAAUGUUUCAUCACACUGCCAUUCUGAAACCUGAAUCGGGCUGUCUUGAUAAUAUCAACUAUGAGGAUAACAGACCCUUCAUCAAGUCAUGGGUUAUAGGUGCAAUAGCUCUUCUCUGCCUAUUAGGAUUGACCUGGGCCUUUGGACUCAUGUAUAUUAAUGAAAGCACAGUCAUCAUGGCGUAUCUCUUCACCAUUUUCAAUUCUCUACAGGGAAUGUUUAUAUUCAUUUUCCAUUGUGUCCUACAAAAGAAGGUACGAAAAGAGUAUGGGAAAUGUCUGCGAACACAUUGUUGUAGUGGCAAAAGUACAGAGAGCUCCAUUGGCUCAGGGAAAACAUCUGGUUCUCGAACUCCUGGGCGGUACUCCACAGGCUCACAGAGCCGAAUUCGUAGGAUGUGGAAUGACACGGUCCGAAAGCAGUCAGAGUCUUCCUUCAUUACUGGAGAUAUAAACAGUUCAGCAUCACUCAACAGAGGAGCCAUGGCUAAUCAUCUUAUAAGCAAUGCUCUGCUUCGUCCGCAUGGUACUAACAAUCCCUAUAAUACAUUGCUUGGGGAACCGGCGGUCUGUAACAACCCUUCUGUCAGCAUGUACAACGCACAAGAGGGGCUUCUGAACAAUGCCAGGGAUACAAGUGUCAUGGAUACUCUACCACUGAAUGGUAACCAUGGCAAUAGUUACAGCAUUGCCAGUGGCGAAUACUUGAGCAACUGUGUGCAAAUCAUAGACCGUGGCUAUAACCAUAACGAGACCGCCCUAGAGAAAAAGAUUCUGAAGGAACUCACUUCCAACUAUAUCCCGUCUUACCUGAAUAACCAUGAGCGCUCCAGCGAACAGAACAGGAAUCUGAUGAACAAGCUGGUGAAUAACCUGGGCAGUGGGAGUGAAGAUGAUGCCAUUGUCCUGGAUGAUGCCACCUCCUUUAACCAUGAGGAGAGUCUGGGCCUAGAACUAAUUCAUGAGGAAUCUGAUGCUCCUUUGCUGCCCCCAAGAGUUUACUCCACAGAGAACCACCAGCCACAUCAUUACACCAGAAGGCGGAUCCCCCAAGACCACAGUGAGAGCUUUUUCCCUUUGCUAACCAACGAGCACACAGAAGAUCUCCAGUCACCCCAUAGGGACUCUCUCUACACCAGCAUGCCGGCACUGGCUGGUGUGCCCGCCGCAGAGAGCGUUACCACCAGCACCCAGACCGAACCCCCACUGGCCAAAUGUGGUGAUGCCGAAGAUGUUUACUACAAAAGCAUGCCAAACCUAGGCUCCAGAAACCACAUCCAUCAGCUGCAUACCUACUACCAGCUAGGCCGCGGUAGCAGUGACGGAUUUAUAGUUCCUCCAAACAAAGAUGGGACCCCUCCAGAGGGGAGUUCAAAAGGACCUGCUCAUUUGGUCACUAGCCUAUAGAAGAUGACAGAAAUUUAAGCCAACAAAACUGCUAACACCUGGUUGACUGUUCUGAGUUGAUAUAAGCAGUGGUAAUAAUGUGUGUACUCCUAAAUAUGCUGUUCUUAAACGACAAACACAAACUCUCAGACUUCUUUUUUUUUUUUUUUUUAAACUGGGAUUUUUUUAGGUCAGCCCAGGGGAGAAAGAUCAUUGCUGAAAUUCCCCUGUGCCAGCUUCUUUCCUGUCCUCCCCCCCUCAGAUGGAGACUUCAUUAUGUUAAUGAACGAGAUUUGAAGAAGAUGGCGCUCAUUGUGGCCUUGUUGAAUUAUGUUGUGUUUGUUCUAACAUCUCUGAUGCUCUGUUACUAUAAUUACAAGGACCUGAUUUUUUAAAAGGCCAAAACAUUUGUCUGAAAAUUAGUAACAAUGCUGCAUCUAGAUUGGAGUGCUGCACAAACAUAAAAUCAAAGCAAACUAUCACAUAGUGGUUUUUAGUCGCUCACAACCUGAAUUCACCACAGCAGGAAUAGCUGAGGUGUACAAAAUAAAACAACAAAAUCGAUAAUGAAAUGGAGGGGAAUUCUAGAAUUAUAUGCUAAAUGCAUAUUUUAUGAUUUGCUGUAUUAACUGAUGAUAAAACUAAUGGCAGAAAAAAAUUUGAACAAUUCUAUGUAAUGUACAGAUACUAGCAUUGCACAUGUAGUCUGCUUUCUGUUCCUCCAGAAUUUGAGUCCUGUUAAUGUAGUGGAAAAAAAAGAAAUUUUCUUUUUCUUUCGUGCUGGUCUUGCAAGUUUGUCUACCAGUAAGAGAGCAAAGUUUCCUUCCUUUCUUCUUUUUUUCUUCAUUUUCUUUUCUUUCUUUCUUUCGUU